AUGCCGUCCAUGAAAAAUCCCAACGGCCCUUCCAAGAACCGCCUCGCCGCCCGCGCCGCGUCCAAGAAGAAGCGCUCCCAGCAGGCCUCGCACGAGGGCCGCACGCGCAUCACCAAGAACGACGCCGCCCACGGCGCGCGCGAGGGGCUGCGGCCUAACAGCGGGCCCGGGAAGAAGCUGAGCAGCAAGAAGCAGCGCAAGCUGGAGAAGAAGAUGGGAUACGCGAUGAAGAGGAAGGAAGAGGAGGAGGGCAUCGUGGAGAUGAAGGAUGCCCCUGAAGUGAAGGAGGCUAAAGAAGAUGCGGAAGGCGACGUUGAUAUCCAAUGA